AAGCCUGAAGUUGGAAUUGUCGUUCAUUUUAGUGCUGGUGGUGUUAAUUUGGAGAAAAUCGAGGAAAUUCCCUUUCCCAGGCAACAUAUUACGGGAUUGAGUGUAUUUAAAGGGCGGGAGAUGGAUUUGCGGAAUUUCUGCAGUUAAAAUCCAUGUUAAUUAAAUGAUUUUCAAAGUUUACACGCAUGGAUCCUUGCAUACCGCAUCCAAUCAAGAUUGAACCGCCUGACAGUCCAGAAAUCACUGCCGAAAACGAUGAAUCUAUCCUGGGCGAUGUGCAGCCAGACUUCUCAUCUGUGGCUCUUGAGAUCAAAGCCGAGGAGUAUCUCGAAGAGGAAAAUAGUCCAUCUUCCUCCAAAUCUCGUGGGAAGAGGGAUCGCAAGAAGAAAAAAUGGAAGCGCGAAAAGACCGGCCUCACGUACAGUUGUGCCGUGUGCGAGAAGAAGUUCCAGUACAUGGCCAGCCUCCGGAUUCACAUGCGCUUUCACUCUGGCGAGAAUCUGAGACAGUGUUCGCAGUGUGGAAAACGCUAUGCCACACAAUACGCACUGAAGAGACACUCCCGGACGCACAAGCAAACAAAACCGAGCGUGUGCAAGAUCUGCAGUGCCACAUUCGCGGAUCCCAAUGACUUCAGGCGCCACAAGCGCUUCCAUGCCACCGGAGAGCCGGCGUACGCGUGCAAGGAGUGCGAUGAGACCUUUGACACAUACAAUGCCAUAAAGCUGCACCGCUCGAAGAGGCACAAGAAGAGCUGGCACUGUCGCCACUGCUGGGAAACCUUCCUCACGGACAAGGAGUAUCAGGAACACCGCGUCGUGCACGAGCAUCCCGUUUGCCCAAAGUGUCACGUGAAGUUCAUGACGCAGGAACUACUGGAAAUGCACAUGGCAGAAGCCGCAGACCACGAAUCGCUUCCGAAAACAGCUUCGCCUGUCGGCGCUGCCAAAGACUCCGCCGGCGCCACAGUGUACGACUGCGAUCUCUGUCCGAAGCGUUUCUCGCGGCGCGACAACUUGCUGGAACACCGGCGGCUGCACACCGGCGUGGGCCUGGUGUCCUGCGAGUACUGCCCCAUGAAGUUCACCACGCACGCCCGCUUCCGAAAGCAUGUUGUGAAGCACACAGAGCGCAAGACCUUCCCCUGUCCGCACUGUGAGAAGGAGUUCGCGUCACAGCACUAUUUGGGCAUUCACUUGCUCACGCACUCGGAGGAUCAGCUGCCGUAUCCCUGUGAGCUGUGCAGCAAGGCCUUCUCGCGCAGCAACGCGCUGCGGAAUCACAUGUACAGCCACAUGAAGCAGUUCCCAUGCUCGAAGUGCGCGCUUGUCUUUCCAUCGGAUCGACAGCUGAAGAGGCAUCGCAGGAUGCACAAGCUGAUGUGCAGUCGAUGCGGCACGAGCUUUGAGACAAUGGAAUUGGUGCACAUGCACUUCGAGGAGUAUCAUCCGGGCGAAGAGGCGCAGAUUCUGCGCGAGCAAGAGCCAGGACAGGGUGAGAUUGAGGAAGUGUCCCUUCAUCAAGACGGCAAUGAUCUGUCGCAGGCGAUUGGUGUGCAAAAAGUGCAUUCGUGUGAAUUCUGUGGGAAGGAAUUCAACCAUAAGUCACACUUGGUCUCUCACAGAAACACACACACGAAAAUCUUCAAGUGCUCGAAGUGCCCUGAAGUCUGUGCAUCUGAGAGGCAACUCAAGAAGCACAGAUUGAUUCAUAAAUUUCCAAAAGAGGCGACAAGCGAUGAGAUUCUUGAGACGAAGCCCAAUGUGAAGCAGUUACAAGAAGAAAGUAAAUCUUACUCGUGCAAAUUCUGUGAGAAAGAAUUUGCAAAACCCUCGGCAUUAGGGAUUCAUGUGAAGACUCAUUUAAAGUCCCUUUCUUGCCCGAAGUGUUCCGCAAUCUUCCCAUCGGCGAGACAACUCCAGAAUCACGUGAGAGACAAUCACACGACAGAAGACGACGAGGACUCAGAGGAAGUGGAAGAAGAUGAGGAGGAGGAAGAAAUGCCUGAUCUGCACGAUGGUGAUUCGUCAGAAGAUAGUGAUAAAGUUAUAAUUAAGAAAGAGCCUCUGGAUGAACCAGAAUUUUGGCCUUGUGACAUCUGCGGAAAGGGCUUCUCGCGCAGUCGCUCUCUGCACAUCCACAUAAAAAGCCAUUCGGAGUUUCCCUGCAGAAAAUGCUCGCAGAUCUGCUAUUCUGAGCGCGAGUUGAAGAAGCACAGGAAAGUGCACAAAACCACGUGCAAAGUGUGCAGGAUGGAAUUUGAGACGGCGGAUCUGCUGAAGCUACACUAUCAGGAAUGUCAUCCAGAGGACAGAAGGGCGAAGAGAAAGGUUCAACCCGCUGAAGUUUUCCAAGAUCCAUUGAUGCUGACUGAAAAUGACUUUCUGGAUCCCUUGGUAGAUUGAAAUUCUAUUCUUAUUCUUAUCAUCUCUGUAAGUCGCAUGUUUUGCUGAGAAUAAAAAUUACUAUACAAGGAAAAAUUGCUUGAAAAUGCCCGGGAAAUGGAAUGACACGUAAGUCUUCUGCGCGUCUUCUGUCUUUUUUUUUGAUAAGGUGUGGAAAUUUUUGGAAAUCUCGUGGCAGCAGUUAAGCUUAAUGGCGCGAAUCAAGCACGAGUCCACGCAAAAGAGGACAAUUCGUCCGCCUUCCGGUGCUUUAGAUCGUCUUUCAUCGAUAUUGCACCCGCGGAAUUGUAUAUAAGUCAAUGGCAAUGGAGCUCCGAUCAUCAGUAAAGCUCAAGCUUAACUUCAAAUCACUGUGAAGUCCAAGUGAAGUCAGUCAAGGAUGCAGUUCUUCUCCCACUUCUUUACUCUCCUCGUCAUUGUCAAUCUCGUGGCGUUCUCCCUGGCGGGACACGAGUGUCAACCAGGAGAUCACAGCCAUCGUAGAUGUGGCGACGGAAUAAUUGAUUUGGAACUAUUUUGGACGGCCGUGUGUGGAAAUCCGCGCUUCUGCAUAAGCCCACUGCUCCCGAUUCCCAUCUUCGGAUGCUACGAUGUGUGCUGCCUCUGGCAAAAUUGCGCCUGCCUCGACGAUCUCUUUACAGACGAUUGCAUGAUAGCAGUCGGGUGCUCGAUCACCGUUGAACUUCUAGGCCUCUUGGGUCUCUUAGAUGAUUAGACGAGCACGCAGGACGACCAGAAAAGGAAAAGCGGACAAAAGACCACCCAUGAUGAUCACAAUAUAAACAAUAUAUUGCACAUAAACCAAUUGAGCUCAAUAAAGCGCGAUUUUUCACACAGAAGUUCAUAGAUUUGUUUCAAAUUGAGUAAUUCGAUCU